AGAGACACGCGAUAAAUCAUCUCGAAACAAUAACUACCUAGGUAAAAAUCAAAGAUGACGUCGAUCAAUAGUCUCGCGCGCACCACGAACCCGUUUCCUUUCCUCGACCUCCCUGUGGAGUUACAACUAUCCGUUUUCUGUAAGUGCGACCUUUCGACUAUUCGAAGCUUGUUAAACCAUAGCUUCCACUUCAGGACACUUUUCCUCAUAUGCCCGACGGCGAAUGUGGAGGAAAUAGUUGCGCGUUUACCGCGUCGGUUGUCCUAUCUAUUGCGAGUGUCAUGGGUACUCCAGCAGCCUGGCAUAUACCAGGUCAAGCCGCACAUGAUCAUGCAUGCCCUAAAGUCUGCAACAAUCGACAAUUGGAUCAAUCUCAUACCAGAAAUUCUGGGUAAUGAUCGACUUCUUGUCAAGUACAUGAUCGAAUUGGCCGAAGUGCUCGAAGAGGUAAACGAAGCGACGGAGGUAUACGCAGAGACCUUAGCUGCUAACGUCUACGCCUUCAUGAAGCCUUGGACCCAACCAUCAUCCCUCGAACUCUCGAGAAUGGAACGCCUGCGGCUUGCUACCGCUUGCCUGAAUGUCAGAGUUCUCCAUCAGCUCCACAUGGUCUUUUCGAUUCAAAAUCGUUCCAAUGAUUUCAUCCCCACGUUCGUGGCAAGCCUCGAUCCGUACGAGCGCGAAAUUAGUCUUGCACUCGAUUACUUCAUUCACCAUAUUAGCCGCGGAUCAUCGCAUGCAGCUACCUGGGAUUUUGUAAAUCACGAACACUUCUCCAUGGAAUGUCUUAGAGGAAAAUCUUGCUAUAUGCGUUAUGUCCUCGACUUGAUGGACGAUGCACACUUCCAUCACUUUUUCCACAGGCCUUGCGAUUGCCGGUCAGUAACAUUUAGACGCAGUGAAGGAGCGCCUAGUUGGCACGCAGCGCCGUCCGAUUUCGGUCUAUCACGCAUUGAGGUUGAUGACGAGACUAAUUUCGCAAAUUCCGGCUGGUUUUAUCUGGAUUCUGUAAGAGAAAAGCACGAUGUAACAUCGAUGCAUUACUCAAAGCUGUUUCUACAGUUGGGCAUCCUGUUCUGGGACGAGCGUCGUCUGGCUGCGCUCGGAUUCAGCGAUCCCGAUGAGUUUCCAGUGAUCCUCCAGAUCCUUGCUCUUCGUGAACAACAGACGAGGUCGUUUCGAGCUAGGGUCUUUUAUGAUGACUACGGCGAUAGCUAUGAGACCCUCAAACGAAGAAUGUUCGACCUUCAGAUAUUCGAAUGGACUCGAUACACUACGCCGUGUGAUUUCGAGGACUGGGUAUAUGGCCAUUUUGUCACUGACUGGGAAGAAGCGAAAAGAUUGUGUGCAGAAGAGUGAUGGGGUCGACUUAUUAUGUCGUAUGUAUAUGUAUAUAUUAUCUAGAAAUCGUCACGAUAUUUUCAGUUUAUCUCAAAUCUCGAGAUGAGUGGAGUUAGAUAAAGGCAAUGUUAGCCAAUAAAUGCAUCCACC